CAAGGGGGCAAUCUAGAAAGGAAAGGGAGUUUCAUAAAGCUCAGCAGGUGCAAAUGUUAGAAAAAUUAUUGAUGUUAAAGACUUUUACAAGCCAACUUUGUACCUUUUUUAGAAGAUUGGGGGUGGAGGACCUGGGUGGUUCUGCAAUUGCCCACCCUCCCUAUGGCCUGGCUCCGUUCCUAGCUGCUCAAACCUUGGUAUAGUAAUCCAUGUAACUAUUAAUGCAACAGGAUAAGCUACAAGAUUGUACCAUACAUAUGGCACCCCAACUUCAUAAGGUGGCAGUGAUCGGAGCUGGUGUUUCGGGCCUUUUGACGGCCCGGGAGCUUCAAAGAGAAGGCCAGCAGAUUGUGGUGUAUGAGAAAUCAAACCAAAUUGGUGGAGUGUGGGUGUACGAUCCUGAAGUUGAGACUGAUCCGCUUGGCCUCGACCCUAAUAGGAGAAUCAUUCAUAGCAGCAUGUACGAUUCACUUCGGACAAAUUUUCCUAAGCAACUUAUGGAAUUUACAGAUUAUUCCUUCACAAUCGAGAAAAAUGGUAAAUAUUUGUACUUUCCUGAUCGCAAGGAGGUGCUCAAAUUCUUGAAUGAUUUUGCUAGAGAUUUUGGACUGGAUCACUUGAUUCGGUUUAACACUGAAGUAGUUUCUGUUGAGCAAAAGAAUGGUAAGUGGGUUCUUGAGUCUAAAACAAGUGAUGUUGAUCAAACCAAUCAAAAAGAGCUUUUCGAUGCGGUCGUGAUUUGUAAUGGUCAUCAUACUCAACCAAAAUUGGCAGACACUCCAGGAAUUAAAAAGUGGCCCGGAAAACAAAUUCAUAGCCACAACUAUCGUGUUCCUGAGCCUUACAAGGAUCAGGUUGUAGUUGUGAUUGGUCACGGGCCAAGUGGCUUCGAUAUAGCCUUCGACAUUGCCAAGGUAGCCAAAGAAGUUCAUGUUUCAUCAAGAUUCCCACAAGUUGAAGUCAGAAAACUCGAGACCUACGAAAAUAUAUGGCAGCAUUCAAAGAUCGAAUAUUGUCAUGAAAAUGGUGCGGUAGCUUUCGAGGAUGGAGCUUUGGUUGCUGCAGAUAUCAUAAUUCACUGUACCGGGUAUAAAUAUGAUUUUCCAUUCUUGAACACAAAUGGGAUAGUUACUGUGGAUGAUAAUCGCGUUGGACCAUUGUACAAGCACGUUUUCCCUCCACGACUUGCUCCUACACUUUCUUUCGUUGGAAUCCCAAAACAGACUGCCAAUUUUCGUGUGGCGGAAUUACAAGCCAAGUGGGUGGCGCGAGCGUUGUCGGGAAAGGUCACUUUGCCGUCCAGAGAAAAGAUGGUGGCGGAUGUGGAAGAACACUACCGACUUAUGGAGGAAACCGGCGUUCCUAAGCACCAUACUCACACGUUUCUCAGCUGCAAUGAUACGUUUAUAUACUUGGACUGGCUAGCUGCUCAAGUACGGUUACCACGGACUGACGAGCAACUGAAAAGGAUUCUUGAUAAACUUGUGGAGCUCGUUAGGAUUUCACGGGUUGGAUUUAGAGAGCGGCUGGUAGAGAGUUGGCCUUUUUAAAGACAAAGAUUGCGGCAAGUUUAUCUCCUCUAUGUUUCUUGGCUUCCAAAUUUGCAAUAAUUCCGGACCACACGAAUACUGUUCUUGUGAAAUCUUUACCACUCUUUCGUCUUUCCUUCAACACCUUUUUACUGCUCUUCCAUCUUUUACUGAGGUGCCCUAAUUCACAACUCAACGAAGAGUACGAAUUUUACCGUGCAAGUGAAGAGGGUGAUGAUGUGAUUGCAUUGGUACGAAUGGAGCUGCUUGCUUCAGCAGUCCAACCUAAUUUUUUUAUCCUCCUGUUCAUUCCUUGUGAGUUUUCAGGAUAAGUG